AUAACUCUCUGACGUCUCUUUCCUCUCUGGCGGUGAUGCCAGCAGUGAAGCAGAGAGCCGCCGCCAGGCUGCCAUACCUGGGAUGGAUUUAGAAGAAGCUUUUCAAGUUGUCGGCGAGUUUGGACCCUACCAGAAGCGGGCCGUGGCUGUCCUCGUUCUGACACAGGUGUACAUGGCCUGUCAGUCGAUGCUGAUCGUUCUGGUUGGAUCUACGCCCGAGUACCGCAUCGAUCAGCAGGACGUUGGUGUCCCCUCCAGCCAGCAGGAGCUCAUCCAGCGCGUCACCUUUACCGAGGACAUCGACUCCAUCGUGACCGAGUGGUUCCUCAUCAAGCAUCAGGCCUAUAAGGUCAGUCUGGCCGGGUCGCUGUUCUUCGCCGGGCUUCUGAUCGGGAACGUUGUCUUUGGGCCGCUCUCCGACAGGAUCGGAAGGAGACCCGUUUACUUGACAGGUCUGUUUUUUGAGGUGAUUUUUGGUUACUUGACCGCGGUGGCGCCCAGCUAUGAGGUCUUCGCUGUGUCUCGUCUCCUGGUCGGCCUGAUGAACGGCGGCAUCGGCCUCGUCUGCUUCGUUCUCACUCAGGAGUACGUGGGCAAGUCCUACUGGGCCAUGACCGGGACGUUGACCAGCAUGAGUUUUGCGAUCGGCAUCGCCCUGUUCGGAGCUCUGGGAUACUUCGUCCGGCCGUGGAGGAACCUGGCAACCGUGGCUAACUCGUCCGGCGUCCUGUUCUUCCUGAUGUCUGUAAGUCUUCCAGAGUCUCCUCGCUGGCUGUAUUCUCAGGGUCAGACGGAGCGAGCUGAAGAGGUUAUGCGCUACAUGGCGCUGAGGAACGGCAACGCUGUCAACAACCUGACGUUGCAACGCGUGGGUUCUGCUAAAGGCGGGAGCCGUACCAACCGAGCGGGCGUCCUGCAGCUGGUGAUCCAUCCGGUCCUGCGUCUGAGGACCAUGGUGCUCAUGUAUGUCUGGUAUGCAUGCAGUCUGGUGUACUACGGUCUGACCCUGGGGGCCAGUGAGACGUCCGGUAGCCGUUAUCUUAACGUAGCGAUGUACGGCCUGGUGGAGCUGCCCGCCUACCCGCUCUGCAUGUACUUCAUCAACAAAGACUGGGCUGGCAGGAGGAAAAGCAUGGCCAGUUUCCUGUGUUUGGCUGGCUCUGCCUGCCUCUGCACCAUGUUCAUCCCCGAAAACUCAGGCACCGUGCUGAGCGUGACGUCGUUUGCACUAGUGGGGAAGCUGAUGGUCAGCGCAGCGUUCAACAUCGCCUACGUCUACACCUCUGAACUCUACCCAACAGUUGUCAGGAACGCGGGUCUGGGAGUUUGUUCCAUGUCGUGCAGAGUCGGAGGAAUCCUUGCACCGUUUGUUCCUUCCAUGCGGGCUGUCCACACCUCCAUGCCCUUCACGGUGUUCUGUCUGAGCGGUCUGUCUGCAGGCUGCCUGGGCCUCCUGCUGCCUGAGACUCUCAACGGACCUUCAGCUGAAACUCUGGAGGAGCUGAGCAGCCACAGCCGCGUGCUGCAGAGCAAGGCUCUUUUGUAUGAAGAUAACAAAAAGAAAUCAAACCACAAAUGAAGACGGCGGCCCCCGGUCUUCAUCUCCGGAGCAGCGUCCUCAUUUCUUAUGGAACUGCUGCCUCGAAACACGGUGAGCGGUGAGCUGGCCCUCUUUAAAUGAACUUGAAGGACUGAUCUCCGUGUUUACGUCCGUCAACUAUGACAAACGGGGCGGGGCCGUAGAGGCCGACCAACACUCAGGAAGAGGACGCCAUUGACCGACUCGACUGACCUUUCGUAUGUUAUUUACCAGGAAAAGCCACACAGCCGAACCCCUGCCUUUUUAUUUAAUUUCCUGAAUAUUGUCUAAUAUUGGUGUUUGUGCCUUUUUAUUUGGAGGUGAAACGGCAGAGAGAGAGAGACUGAUAUGUGACUUGGACAUAUAUAUACACAUACAUACAUACAUACAUACAUACAUACAUACAUACAUACAUACAACACAUAACACAUUCCAGAGGUGUCAGGAAGUCGGAAAAAACUCAACUUGCUGCUUGCAGAGUUUCCAAAGUGGAGUUCUGUGACAUGACAGUGCAACAGGAAACACACCACACGUGCUUAGUUUAAACAUUCCUGAAAAGUAGUUAGAUUGUUAGGUGUGUGUGUCUGUCUGUCUGUCUGUCUCUGUCUGUCUGUCUUUGUGUGUGUGUCUUUGUGCGUGCGUCUUUGUGUGUGUGCUUUGUUUAAACAUUCCUGAAAAAUACAGUUAGAUUUUUAGCUGCACCAGGACCAAAUGUUCUCAACGCUCGGCCGUUAAAUCUAUUUCUCAGGGUCCAAAAUGAACGUUUUAGUCAAUCUGCCAACGGCUACUUAACUGAAAAAAAGUGUAUUUUUCAGCCGGCCAUAAAACUGCGAUAUGAUACGAUGUCAUUACAUAGCGCCACUUCUGACUGACUUCUAACCGUUCUUCCACAGAUCUCUUCAUUUGUUUCAAGGUUGAUCUACUCCAGCAUAGUGGCGUUGUGUACUUGCAGACUCUCUUUGCGGUUAGCGUGAAAUUCUCCCCCGUUUGUUACCCACCCAGUAGUUUAUAUCCCAACGUUUAUAAGUUUAUACACGCCCACUUUCUUAACUUUCUGAAGCCAAGUGGCGUGUUAUCUGCACGCAUUUGAGCUAUCUGCGUGGAUGUCUAUGCUGUUAUACAGCGGAGGUAAACAUACACACCACUUUCUGAAGCCAAGUGGCGUGUUAUCUGUACGCAUUUUGAGCGCUGUAUACAGCGGACGGGUUGGGUUUAGGUAAGGAAGAACCGGUUGAGUUUAGGAGAAAACGAACCUGUUGGGUUUAGGAAAAGAAGAACUGGUUGGGUUUAGGAAAAGAAGAACUGAUUGGGUUUAGGAAAAGAA